CGAAGAUUGUUGCGAAUUGCAACCACUGAUCAAUUUUUGUAGAAACUUUUCACGCCCUCUGUUGGCCUCGGGCUUCAAUAUUUGGUGGCCAUCUUGCGUAAUUGACCAACAACGUGGAUUCCAUUCUCGACCAACCGAACUGGAGCCAAGGGUUGUUAUCCACUUUUGGACUGGCUUUCAUCCACACUAUGGAGGUCAACGAUAUUGAACAAGGCUGUCUAAUAUUGACGCGGCAUAAAGGAGUAUAAUAAGGCGAACACUUGGCUUCCAGUUGGAUCAUUCCUCAUCGCCGUCAGUACUUCGAUCCUUAGUAAUAUUUUUCUUUCAGAGCCUGGUGCUCAUCACAAAUUACCUAAUUUAAGAUUUCCUUUUAAUUAUUAAUUCUAUUUAUUCUGUUCCCGUACUUUCUAAGCAUUCUAUUUAUCACCUUCCGGCCAUAAUCUUUCGUAUAACCUCCUUUCAUUCAAACCUUGAUCGCCAUGCGUUUCAUCGGUAUUCAAUUUGUCUUGUUCAUCAGUGCGUGUAGCUUUGUUGAACAUGCCAGAGCCCAUUUGGCCUUGGUUGCAAUGACGGGAGAGACGAACGGACUCACUGGUAAAGGAUAUGGUAUUCUGGACGGCACUCCACGAGAUGGCACUGCGCGAGACCCUUUCCAGCUCGAUACAGCCGUCAUCCGCGAAGCUGACAUCGUCAAAGGGAUUGCCUCACCUUGUGGACGUACGCUCAUUGGGGGCCCGAUUGACAUGAACAAAGCGUUGGAAAAAUCUGAAGACGGUGGUCUACCUGAUGUUGGAAGCGGAGGUCUGAUCAACCUUGUUGCACAUCAAGUCAACGCUGAUGGUGGUGGGCCGUACUCCUGUGCCGUCGAUUACACUGCAACUGGAAACAACUUUCAGAAAGUCGACAUGCAAGUCAAUCUCCCUGGACAGAAUGGACGAUCUGAUGCCCGAGCAAUCGACCUUCCUAUCACCGCCAAGAUGCCUGCCGGUGCAAAAUGCACUGGUGGAGUCGACGGAAUGACUUGCCUUGUGCGAUGCCUCAAUGGUGCCAAAGCCGGCCCAUUCGGUGGUUGCAUGGCCUUUACUCAAAAACAAGGCCUGUUCAACGACCCUGCACCAGCAGGCAAAGGUCCCUCAUCAGGAGCCGCGAUGGACCCAAUCACAGCAAACCCAGUCACACGCUUUGGGGAUACUUUUACCGACGCGUCUGCAAAGCUUGCCGACCAAGCACAAAACGGCCCCGUCACAGUCAUGCCAAUUGCAAAUCGUAUACAGACUCAGAAUGGAGGCAACGACAAUGGCAACAAUCAAGGCAAUGGCAAGCGACAAAACCGCAGAAGAGCCGUAUUGAACCCAUUCCAACCAGCCUCUCUUGGAAUCAUCGCCCAAAGCAUGAACUUAAUUCGUGACAUCUCAGUUUCCCGGCGUCAAAAUAAUGGUCAGAACAACGGACAAAACAAUCAAAAUUUGAACACGCAGCCACCUACUUCCCGAGUAGCCCCACAGACGAAUGGCGCGAAGACAGACGCUUCCACUACAUUCGGAACAACCAACUCAAAUGGAGGCAAUGGCGGCAACGGCAAUAGUAAUAACAACAACAACGCCCAACGUGGAAACAACAAGAGAGACGUUAUCCUACUUCCACGACAGAAUACAAACGGAAACGGCAAUGGAAAUGGAAACCAGAAACCGAAUGGAAACGGAAACGGAAAUGGAAACGGAGGCGCAUCACAAACGAGCACUGGUGGUAAUGCAAAUGGCAAUAGUGGCAAUGCGAAUACUGUAUCACGGACUGCCACCAAUGGCAAUAACGGAAAUAACGGAAACAACGGAAACAACGGAAAUGACCCCAACAAAGAAAACAUAGUUUCACAGGUGGGCCACGUUGACAGCAUAAAACCUACCAAAGAAGGAAUCGCUUUCGAAAUUGCCACUGGUCCACUCGGCCAAGCCGACGUACCCAAAAACGUGAGACAGGUGAAUGGAAAGAGACGUAGUCUGCAGGCGCGAGCUCUUGUCACACGUCAGCAACAGCAACAGCAACAGCAACAAAAUUCGCAACAAAACCCAACCAACCCGAAGAACCUAACCAAGGAUCAGAUCUUGAAGGCCGAAGCAGCAGAAGCAGCCGCCAGUCCCCAAGGCCAAGGAAAAGCUAAUAAGCGCGCACGAUCUAUCGCCUCAGCCGUACAACUUUAAACGAAGGAACAGAACAGUGUUAAUUUAUUUGGAAAUACAAAAUUUUGCUGUACAUAUUUCCUUGUAACCAUUCCUGGUCGCUCUUGUCGAUAGCCAUGUUGAAUCACUUUCUGCAUUGGCUCGCGCAUAGCAAUGCAAACAUGUCCAAAGACAAACAGCAUCUUUUUAUGUAACAUUUUCCUGUCAUGUACCCACAUGUAAACUCAUUCCAGGAUUUACAUC